GCUGUUCGGCAUUAGCGCGAGCGCGAGCACGAGCACGAGCACAGAGCGAGCUGUUUGUUCUGCGCGAUUAAAUACAAACAAGAAACAGGAUUAUAAACAAUUUUUUUCUUUUUUUUAAUUAAAUAACUCAACUUAUACGUAUUGACACAGACUGGUUUAAUAAGCUCCAUGUCCCGGAAGUGAACUCGAACAGGACGGCUUUCUCUGACCGCAGGGCUAAAAGAUGUGCGAUGGGAUGGCCACACGUUCACACGCUCUGGUGAUCGUGGCAUUGCAGCUGCAUCUCUUCCUCACCACGCUCCCCACAGGCCAGGCCUCAGGUUGCUCCAGGCCUUCAUCGGUGCUGCAUGGCCAAGGAAACCUCACAGAGACCAACCGCGGCUCCUUCCCUGUGGGCACGGUGCUGCAGUACAGCUGCGAUUCAGGAUACACACUGAGCGGCGAGAGCGUCAUCACGUGUAUCGCACCAGGACACUGGUCUUCUGCCCCACCGCACUGCCUCAGAAACGAUGUGUGUCGUCCCCCGAGUGAGCCGGAGAAUGGGGGCUACAUGUGCCACCCCUCGCCCUGCCCCAGGUUGACCGAGGGCACAGUGAUCGAGUAUUUCUGUGACGAAGGCUACACGCUGAAAGGAUACAGAUACCACACAUGCAGGAACGGAGACUGGGACUCUGCAGCGCCCAUCAUCUGUCACCUGGGACAGGGAAAGGAAGAUCGCUCUUCUCUCGGUAUGCCAGCUCUCUCUAUCAUGGCCUCAACUGCCAGCUCUGUCGCACUCAUCCUGCUGCUUGUCGUCCUCUUCGUCCUGCUGCAGCCUAAACUCAAAUCCUUCCAUCACAGCAGACGUGAUCAGGGCGUAUGCGGCCAGGCGCCUUCUGUCAUCGUAGAGGGAGUACAGGUCUCUCUUCCUUCGUACGAGGAGGCGGUGUACGGCAGCGGCGGCACGGCAGCUCCUCCCCCGCAGUCCCGCGUGAACAUCGUGCUCUCCGAGGGGCCGCAGACGGAGCCUUCUGCUUCAGAGAUCAGCCAAUCCCGAGCCGAGCACAGCCUCCCCUCAACCUCCACUCCUGCACGCUCCUGUCACGCAGAAACCGUGCUUGUUCACCAGGACCCCUCUACCUCCUCUCCAUCCUCAUCCUCCUCCUCCACCUGGGUGUCGGAGCAGCGCGGGGCAGCAGCAGCAGCACGUAGGCCAAGCAGCACGAGCAGCGACCAGCACAGCCUGCUCUCGCUUACCUCCGUAGAGGAAUAUGGAGACGAUAUCCCUCUGCUGAAGGAGGCCUGAGAGCACAUGCUCUGUGGACGACGACCAGGACUGUGUCUCCUUAAGCUUUGUACCAAACCCUUCCCCCAUUGCUGCCGUACAGAACGCAGGAGUAACCAAAUGCCUCUCCACCGACCGCCCCUUCAACUCUCUAUAAACUCUCCGAGUCUGUUUGCACCGCGUGUAACUCGCCUCAGUGUAAAACACCACCGUCACCACAUCUCCACACGCUCCAACCUUCUCCCUCAAAGCACCGCACAGAUGCUAUAGAAUAUACAGGACUAUGUAUAACGCGUACAUAACAGCCUGAAUAACACGUUUAUAAACACCACCUCUUCCCUCAGCGCUGUACUAACAAGUGGCUGCACUCACUAUGCCUUUGUUCUUCUUCUCACAAGAUUGCCCAUGCAUUCAGUCGGGUUCUGAGGAAUCCAUCAGUGACUGUGACCUCUCUGCCAUGAGGUCCAAUAAAUCAGGUUUUAUUUUUAUUUUUCUUUUAAUGCUGCAUGAUCCGUGCACAAAAUCCCAGAUUCCCAAACGAUCGAGCAAGCGCACACACGAGAACACGCAUGCUUCACAGGACGGCCGGACCAGAGAGAUACAGGGACGAACCGCUUUACGUUGUACUGUACUCAAAGACAUGCUUGCCUUUCUGUUCGCUGUGUGUGUGUUUGGCUUUACAUGUUUGACUGAAUGAAGAGGGCUCAAAUGUGUUGAUUUUUUUUUUUUUUUUUUUUUUUUUUUUUAAAUCCAGCGCAAGUUUGUUAUUUUACCUUCUGUUUUUUUUAACUGAGAGAUUAUCAUAUAUCAUAUCAUAUCAUAUCAUAUAUACAUUCUAGAACAAUUCUUAAUUCAUUUGUUUGCUUUAAAACGUCUUCGGGUUAUCCGGUUAGUCCAGCUGCGUGCAUGAGGAGCACUAAAUAAUCACGAUAAGAUGAGAGAUCAGGAACACUGUCUUGAAAAGGGUGGACAGAUCACUAACUUAGGUGCCGACUUUUUUAUUAUUAUUAUUAUUAUUAUUAUUAUUACAGAACCCUAAAAAAAGAAGAAGAAGAGGAACGGUGUAUUUCCGUACGCUAAAUAAUAAUAGCGUACUCCUAAAUGAAAACACAAAGCUUGUUCGGUUUGCUUUCCGCAAAUAACAAACAUUUUGUCACUGUCGGGCAGAAUCCUCAUAUCUCCAAAACCGUUAUUUUUCAGGAAAUGAAAAAAACGCGUACCUUAUCUGCAGUGCACAGGGUUUAGUCCGAGUUGCAGUGGAUUGUCUUGCGCUAAAUUCCUGUCCUCAGACAAGCAGCAGAACUAGCAGGGAUCAAGAUUUUUUUUUCUUUGAGCCCAUUGUUUUGAAGACAUUUACCUCAGAAGACGUGUUGAUUCGUUGCGACUCUUAUUGAGGAGAAAUAUGCCGUGAAGCUCUCCCACGGAGCGAGGAAGAGGUGGACAGUUGAAGUGUCCAAUGGAGUUAUGAGAUUUGCGCUCAAGCUAUUUUCAAGACUUUAGUAACUUGUAAAAAUAACAGACCCACGUGGGGACUGACCAAUAGCAUCGAUAUGUGAAAAAAUAUGAAAUUAACCAAAUUUGGACACACGAGGUUUCCGCCCGACAGCGACGAUUUACUCUUUUCCAAAGUCACAAAUCCUGCUGCACUGUGCACAAAAAUAAUGACUAUCAAUAGGAAGCCUUUUCACAUGGCGUAUUUAUUAGCUCCAGACAAUGCUAGUAAUAUUUCUGGACAAAACGCAGCAGAAUACGAUGACGACCGAGACAUUAACGAGGAUGAACGACAUCUUUUACGUGCAAUGACGGAUUACUACGUUAUACACGUAGAGAUUUCAGAGAGGAUCAGGAGAGAAUAAAGACUCACGCUUCUCAUCCGUCGUCUGAACCAACAUUAAUGAUGCUAGUUGCUCAUUUCAGCCUAAUUAUUAUUAGACUUUAUGCGCUAAUAAAUGUAGGAUUUGUCCACCCUUGAACAAAUCUAAUUAAAGCUAACAGCAGCUUGCGUUGAUUUCUGGGCAUUUUUGCAUGCACGCUUUCUUUUAUCGCACAGUAACUAAUUGCUGAUGGAAAAGUUGGACUAGAUAAAGACGCAUCAUAAUACUUUGGCUCGGUUAUAGAAACAUGAGGGUCGGGUUUGUGCGGUCAGACGUCCUUUUUAUUUAUUUAUUUUUUUUCGUUUAUUUCCUGCAAAAACACAUCUGGUUGGAGACGAAGCCGAGCUUUCGCCUUAAUAGACUUGUGCAUUUCAUUCUUUUAUUUUUUUAUGUAAGUGUCUUUCUUCCAUCACGGUCUCGAUUUCGUCUUCAGUUUGUCCUUACAGCCUUGACAUUUUAUUUCCUAUGCAUUAACAGUCUUAUGGCUUUAUCAGAAGGUGUCGGGUUCUUUCUUUCUUCAUUAUUACGACGCUGUUUUCUUCUCCAAAGCCUUCAACAACUCCCCCGUCGGUGACUUCGACAUCCGAAGUUUGCUGCAGGUCUGAAAGUUGGACUUUCUGUCGUUUCCUUGAAGAACACCAUUGUAUGGUGCGACUGUCUCAUCUUACUCUUCUCAGCUGUUUGUUUGUUUUUUUUUUCUGUACAUUGCAGUGGGUGUGAAGAUAGUAUUUUAAUAUUUGUAUAAAGUUUAAUUUAAUUCUACAGUUUGUGUGUGUAUAUAACUAUUUCUAAUUAAAACUUUCUUUUAAAGUGCAA